UGCAAUUCACUAAUUAUGCACUCGAUUCUACUGAUCCUAUAUGACGUACAGCAUUUCUAGGAUUUGAAUAAGUAUUAAAGCUAAUCAAGUUGUAUUUACAAACAUGUUUUCUGCAUUACUCCAAAAGCAAAUACCUAAUGAUGUCCUUAAUUACAAUCUAGUACAUUAAAGAGAAACACUUGGGACGUGAGUGCUCUGAGUCAAUCGAUUUGGUUGUGUUAUUACAUUAGCUGAAUGAAGAUGAUACGAUAUCAUUGGGUGCCACAACUCAUUACCACAGAAGACAAACUGAAUCGAGCUAUUCACUUGCAACGAACUUCAGUACUCCGCAAUGUCUGACCUGGUGAAAUUGUGUUUGAGAGUCGCAUAUGCCUACGGACGGUUUACUGGCGUAAUCAACUUUAAGAUUGAUUUGAAAACGGGUCAACCGCUAGUUACCAGAAAAGCUACGAUUAUUUCAGUCAGCACACACUUGUUUAUCUUUGCCCUACUCCUCUACCAUACACUGCGAAAAAGUGUGGUGACCGUCAUGUGGAAGUACGCCAAUUCCCUUCACGAAUACGUGUUCCUGGUCAUAGCCGGCUUCCGCGUAGUCUGCGUCUUCCUGGCUCUGGUCAGUCGAUGGUCGCAGCGUCGCACCUUCAUGGAGCUCUUCAACUCAUUCUGGAGACUGUGUCAGAGAAAUCCUCGGAUAAUCCAGUACUGCCGUAGGAGCAUCGUUAGCAAAUUCUUUUGCGUCACAGUCACGGAGAUACUGCAAGUCAUAGUCACCUUGGCCAUGAUGAGGAAUCGGCUGAGCAUCGCUCUGGCUCUGCGCAUUUGGGCCAUAUUGAGUCUGACGGCCAUAAUAAACGUGAUCAUCACUCAGUACUUUGUGGCCACCGCCUGUGUGCGAGGACGCUAUGCGCUUCUGAACAAGGAUCUUCAGGCGAUUGUGCACGAAUCCCAGUCGCUGGUUCCCAACGGAAGUGGCGUCUUCGUGACCAGGUGUUGUUACCUCGCGGAUCGCUUGGAGCGCAUAGCCAAAUCCCAAUCUGACCUGCAGGAGCUCAUCGAAAACUUGUCAACGGCAUACGACGGCGAAGUGAUCUGCCUGGUCAUCACCUACUAUCUGAACAUGCUGGGCACCUCGUAUCUGCUGUUCAGCAUUAGCAAGCAUGUCAGUCUUGGGAAUAACCUGCCCAUGGUCAUCACUCUUUGUGGCAUUGCCUACUUCGGAUUUUACGUUUUCGAUUGCUGGCUCAACGCGUUUAAUGUGUUCUACCUUCUGGAUGCCCACGAUAAGAUGGUUAAGAUGCUUGAUAAGCGGACUUUGUUUCAACCUGGACUGGAUCACAGACUGGAAAUGGUUUUUGAAAGCUUUGCUCUGAACCUGGUGCGGAAUCCAUUGAAGCUCCAAAUGUACGGCCUAUUCGAGUUUGGUCGAGGAACAUCCUUUGCCGUGGGCAACUCCCUGUUAACACACUCCCUUCUCCUCAUUCAAUACGACGUGCAAAACUUCUAAAACUUUAGGAUAAAUUACUUUUGUUAGGGACAAUAUUAAGUGCGAUUUUUAUUAUUUUUUAUAAUCGUGGUAGCGUGCAUUUAAUUUCUUCAUCAUGCAAUCAAUCACAUAGUAAUUAUCCCUCCCAUAGGCCUAAUCAUGGCCAUUGAACUGGACACGUG